AUGGAGGCCGCGAUGGCAACGAACACGGGGCCGGCGGGGCUUACGGCAGCUGCGGCCGAGCCGCGGGAGGAGGCGGUGGCUGAGCGUUCCGGCUCUUCCGCGCCUUCCGCCGGCCCCGCCGCCUUCCUCAGCCUCCCGGCGCCCUUCAGCGAGGAAGACGAAGAUGACGUCCACAAGUGCGGCCGUUGCCAGGCCGAGUUCACCUCCUUGGAAGAGUUUGUGCAACACAAAUUGCAGAAGGUCUGCCAGCGAGCUCCAGAGGCUCUGGCUGCUGCAUCAGCAGGGCUUCUCAAGCAAGAAGUACAAAAGGUGGUUCCUUCUGUCGAGGAGUCGAUAACUGUUGCUCAUAUAGUUGUUGAAGCAUCUUCAAUAGCAGAGGAAAUCAGCAACGCAUCCGCUAUAGUAGGCAGUGGGCACAUCAAAGAAGUCAUCGUUGCAGGAGACCAAGUUUUUGAAAACCCAAAUGGCCACAUUGAUGGGGAAGCUGCUGAAGAGCAAGGCCACCCUGGGGAGCAGGAGCAGGAUGCUUCCACAGAGCUGAUCAAGGUUAAGCUGCUGAUUAACAAAGAAGGGAGAUACGUGUGUGAGCUGUGCCGGAAGACGUUUAAAACAGCCAGCAUCCUCAAAGCUCACAUGAUCACACACAGCAGCAGAAAGGAUUAUGAGUGUAAACUCUGUGGGACAUCCUUCAGGACAAAAGGCUCUCUGAUUCGACACCACCGGUGCCACACAGAUGAAAGACCUUAUAAAUGCAAGAAAUGUGGGAAAAGCUUCCGGGAAUCAGGAGCUUUGACUCGACACCUGAAAUCUCUGACACCUUGCACUGAAAAAAUCCGCUUCAACGUGAACAAAGAAAUUGUGGUCAAUAAAGAUGAUCUGCCAACAGGAUCCAACGCAGAGACUGUCGCAUCCAUAGGCAGUGAAUCCAUCGAGACCUCGCCUGUCAUUCACCUCAUGACAGAUGCAAAAGGCAACGUUCUCCACGAGGUCCAUGUCCAAAUGCAGGAGCUUCCUGUUGUGGACGCAAAAUCUCUGGGCCAAGAUGUGACUGCACACCUCCCACCUCUUUCUCCAGAGCUGCCCUGCGAGGGAGAAGUGAACAGUGAGAACCUGCUGAGACAGGCCAUGAGGAAUUCAGGCAUUGUCAUUGAGAGAGUAGCUGUGGAGGAGAUGCAGAAGCCCCCUGAGCCUGCUGUGGCUGCUGCAGAAGAACUAGAAAAUGAAGUGGUGGAAGCAGAAGAGCCAUGUGGGGAGCAGCAGUGUGUUGAAGUAGAGCAAGCAGAGUCUGCCAAUGUGGAAAGAACAAACGGGUACAAAAGUUAUGUUUGUCCUCAGUGUAAUGAAGCCUUCAGUGAAGCUACUUCCCUUGAAACACACAUCAGAGGUCAUUUAGAUUACAAACCUUUUAAGUGUGAGGAGUGUGGCAAAGAGUUCACCAAGGGCUAUCUGCUAAAGAGGCAUCAGGAAGUGCACGUGAACGAGCGGCGCUUCCGCUGCGGAGAGUGCGGAAAGCUCUACAAGACCAUUGCCCACGUGAAGGGACACCGCCGGGUGCAUUCUGAUGAGAGGCCCUAUUCCUGCCCCACCUGUGGCAAGCGGUACAAGACAAAGAAUGCCCAGGAUGUCCAUUUCCGUACCCACCUGGAGCACAAACCCUACGUCUGCCAGUACUGCAGCCGCGGCUUCCACGAGAAGGGCUCCCUGGUGCGCCACAUCCGGCGGCACACCGGCGAGAAGCCCUUCAAGUGCUACAAGUGCGGCCGCGGCUUCGCAGAGCACGGCACCCUCAACAGGCACCUGAAAACCAAAGGUGGCUGCCUUCUUGCUUUGAAAGAUGUGGAAGAAGUGAUAGUAUCUGAGGAAAGUCAAUCAGCUGACAACUUGGCUGCAACUGUCAUCUCUGAAGAUCCGCACACUGUGUUGGUGGAGUUCUCCUCUGUGGUGGCAGACACUCAGGAAUACAUCAUUGAGACUGCUACUGAAGACAUGGAGACCAGCGAAGCUACUGAAAUAAUAGAGGGGACAAGACAUGAGGUUGACAGCCACAUUAUGAAGGUUGUGCAGCAGAUUGUGAAUCAAGCAAACUCCGGUCACCAGAUCAUCGUGCAAAAUGUCACCGUGGCAGAGAACUCUGAGGUGAGCACAGACACAGCAGACACCAUCACCAUCGCCACCCCUGAGAGCCUGACGGAGCAGGUGGCCAUGACGCUGGCCUCGGCCAUCGGAGAAGGAGCUGUGCUGACCACCGAGGGUGGCAUUGAGACAGAAGAAGCCACGGUGACAAUGGUGGCAUCUGAGGACAUUGAAAUCAUGGAGCAUGCAGGAGAGUUACUGAUUGCCUCGCAGGAAGGGGAGGUGGAGGUGCAGACUGUGAUUGUGUGAGCAGCAGCAGCGUGCAGCGAGCCCCUGAUGGUCAUGGCAAACUCAUCAGGGAGCUGGGUCAGUACUGAGCUUGCCUAGAGAAGGGAGGGAGAGGAGGCUUAGGAGGGUGAGUGGGGAUGGUACAACUUCAGGGGUUUUCUGCUUAAAAUGGAUAUGGCAGGAGUUAAAACUUUGCAUGGUUACAUGGAGGGAGUGCCUAAGCCCCUACCUGACAGUAUUUUUUACAGCUGCCCCAAGAAGGGCAGAUGUUUGCAAAGCAUUUACCUCUGACCACAGGACAGCAGCCUUCUGGUGCUUCAAGGAUUCAGAAAGUGAAGCAAAUCUGCAAAGUCUCCUCAGAGACAGCUUCAUCAUCUGCAUCUGAAACCAAGAGAACCAAACAUAGGGAGCUCUGGUGUGCGCUCACCACCACUCCAUAGCUUCCAGGCCUUUAACCUCACAGCUCCAGUCCUCCUGAGGCAUGGUACUGCACUGUUUCCCUUUCUUCCCCCCACUCUCUUUCCCUUUUUUCCCCCUGCUCCUCUUUUCCCCUGUUUCGCUUUCUUCCCCUCCUUCUUUCCCUUUCCCUUCCUUUUUUGUUCCCUCCUGUCUCUUCCCUCCCCUGGACAAGUAGCCUUACAUGCUUGUCUCUGACAGAAGGCACCCCUUGCUCCUUGCACUGCCAGACAGGCUGCUCUGGGAGCCAGUCGUUUGGUAAAGCCAUAGUGUACAGCAGUUCUUUUUUAUUUUAAACCAGAGGUGGGUUUUUAAUUGGGGAUUGUACAGAUUUGGCCUGUAAA